CCUAGCAACGACGCACGCUUGGUAACGUCCAGACAUGACAGAACUUUAACGGGAGCAGUGAAGGAAUGUGUUAACUUUAUCACAUUAAGUUAAAUUUAGAGCUAUAAUAUGGCUUUUGGGGGCGACUCUAGCUGAUGUAUGUCCUCUACACCAGUUAAGUUAAGCCUCACAGUUUAUUUCAGGAAUUAAAAUGUAUGGACGAGCUUCAAGAGUAACCUCCUUCACACCGAGCGGCGCUUCUUCUUCUUCUACGGUUGGCCCCGGAUCGUAUGACGUACAGUACAAAGCUAAAGUAGAAGAUGGCUAUGCCCCGUUUCUGUCUUUGACCAGAAGACCGCUGUUUAUCGAUGAGACCAGUAAGGAAAGACCAGGACCUGGACAUUAUGACCCCACUCCUGUUAAGUCGAAUGUCCACGGCGGCUGCAGUCUUCAGAACCGCUCCAAGCGCUUUGAGGAGUUAGUAUCAAAGGUUCCGGGUCCAGGGGCCUACAAUGUGCUGCCGGCCUCAGGAAACGCACCCAGGGCUGGGACUCCUAAUGCGGGACAGGCCCAGAAGCUUGGCAGACAAAUGUGGCUGCAGGCCAAAAGUCUGCGACUGGUUCGUCAGUCAGAUAUCCCCUCCAUUCCUUCCCCGGGCCAGGCCUUUGGCUAUGAGGAGGUUGCCGUGGGUGUACUUAGCAAGCAGCAGCCCCCUCGCAGGGACACAACCCUUGGGCCAGCCUACUACAAUCCACUGCUGUCAGAGGUGAGUUCUGCUCAGAAGUAUAAAGGAGUCCACUUUGGCAACAUGACAGGGUCGAGACGGGAGCUGGCAGUGAAUGAAGGACCAGGUCCAGGACAUUAUCACCCUGAACUAAACACUAAAACAGAGUACGUGAAUGUGAACCUUCAAAAGGAGCAGAAAGGCAGAGCCGAGCUCAUCAUCCCUCGAUAUCACGAACUGGUGCCCCGGCAAGAGGAAAAGAAGGGGGUUCCUGGUCCGGGCCAUUACCAAAUCAGAAGUCAGUUUGAGACACUUGAGAAGUCCUGCGGUAACCUGCCAAAGUUCACCAGCUCCUUCCUGUCUCAGACUGAGAGGUUCAGCCCGGUGAAAGAAGUGACGCCCCCUGUUGGUGCGUAUAACGACCCUCGCUGUGCCCUGGAAAUGCUGAGGAAGACCACAGGGGUGAAGAAAAGCCCAUUCGGCAUCACCGCAGCACGCUUUAAUCCGAGCUGUAAAAAAAGCUCCUCACCAGGUCCGGGGUCCUACAAUGUCUUUGAGCAGGGUUUAGCCUGUGAGAGUUUCAAAAGAGCAUUUUUCGAGAGAACCAGGAAGGGAGGCUUCGGCUCCACUGUUCAGCGCAACUCCAUCUUCAACAACAAGGAAUCGAUCCAAGCCCCGAGUCCAGGGCAGUACGAGACAGAGAAGAAGGCAGAGGAGAACUACAAACAGCAGAACACCGCCGUCUUCAGAUCAGCCACAGAACGUCUCGUUUCAUCACAACCAGCCAAAGACUCUCCUCCUCCAAACUCUUACAACGUGAGGCCGACGUUUGAGAACGCUAACAGCCGCUCUUACCUGCAGCCGCGCAGCGAAGGAGCUAAAAGACGUCAGAGCUGUUUCCUCUCCGCUGCACCGCGGGAUAAUCUCUUCCUGACAUGUGAUCCAGAUGUACCAGGUCCAGGCCAGUACAACCCAGGGGUGAAAUCCUUCUCUCAAAUGGCUCUGAUUCCCUCCAGAGAAAAUCGAUUCAAAGUCCCCAUGAACACCAACCCUGGGCCCGGAGCUUAUCAGUUGAGUCCAGGUCUCAUGAACACAGUGCUGAAGGGAACCUUCAAUGUGACGCUGGAUAACCCCCUGAGCCCCUGCUGCCCCCCCUGUGUGGCCCCCGGCCCUUUCACGGCUCACAGGACCAUUACCACCAUCCCACAUAACACCACCUACACCUCGAACACUUCUUAGAUCUCUUUGUGGUCAAAGAUCACAAGUGAAAGGUGAGCAGGGUUGCAGAGUGAGAGAGUGUUCAGUGUUACAAAGUGAAAAACACACAAUGCACCGUACAUCUGCAGCUCAUGGUUCCCUGAUUCCUUACUCUAAGUCAUGACAAGCUUGACACUCUGAUUCAGCUGUUUUGUGCAUCAGCUCUCUCUCUCUGUAUAAACCACUCCGUAAAUCAAUAACGAUUAAAAAGCAUUUAAUACCAGCUUG